UUUUAUUUUUUAUUUUUUAUUUUUUUUAAUAUAAUAUAUUAAAAUGGUAGAUUGCGAUGAAAAUGGUAAAAAUGAUGUAAUAUGUAUUUGUACACAAUCAAUAUCGAAGCAAGACUGGCAGGAUCAUCAAAUCGUAUGUCCAAAAAGAAGAUACACAUGCUCUUCAUAUCUUUCAUUUAUUUGUAUUACAGAAAGUAAUGAAUAUUCGUUAUCAUUGGUUGAUUCAAAUUGUCCUCUCUCACUAAAAGAAAUAGCCAAAUUACAAGUACUACAAAGGUAUUAUUACGUGAUGAAAAAGGUAAUAACUUGGAAUGGUUGGAAUCAAAUAAAAUUCCUUUUAAGUUAAUUCAUACUUUAAGAAAAGAAUGUCCAACUUUUGGGAGCAUGCAAGAAAUGAUGAAUCAUGUCGAAAACGUGUGUCCAUAUUGGAAAGUAAAAUGUAUGGAUUUACCUUUUGUCAAUUAUUUACCUCGUUGGCGGUAUACACCGGCUCAUAUGAUGAUUAGAAAUUCUCACAAAGAUGAUAAAUGUUUAGAAAUUUCUCGUCGAGAAUUCAUUUCUCAUUCUACAGAAACGGUAAAAUACAUUUUUUUUUAUUUGAUUAAUUAAAAAGUUCCAAAUAUUAAAAAC